AUGGGACUGAACUCCACAAAACAGUCAUCAUUAACAAAUGCUGAUUAUUCGGUAACAUUAUCAUCGACCUAUUAUCGUGCUCAACAAACAAUUCAGGGUGAAUUUCAUCUUAAUAUUCGAACAAAAUUACGUAUUGAAAAAGAAAUUCGUAUCGAUUUAAUUGGAGAAUUAAUUGAUAAACGAUCAAAACGUACGGCUCAAAGACAAUCGUCCACAACACAAUCGAAUAAAAAUAUAUUUUUUACUUAUCCUUGUACACUGGUUACAUCACAUGAAAAUGGUACAGCUCGUACAAUCAAACAUCAACAAAUCACUUAUCCAUUUCGUAUUCCAUUAGGUAACUCAUUACCGCCUACAUGUGAUUUUAAAGAUAACUUUUCAAUUAAUUAUUAUCUUGAUAUAAUUCACGAUGGACAUUUAUUACCACAAACACAUAAACCAUUAACAAUUGGUCCACCCCAACCAAUCGUCAUUUCUCCACAACCAGUUCAAGUAAAUGGUGCAAGUGAUUUACAAAUUAUUUGUGGUUUACAAAAAAAUUUUUAUUCAUCUUCUCAAUGUGUACCUAUUACAGUUCAUAUUAAUAAUCCCAAACAAAAACAAAUUUUACGAAUGACCGCUCAAUUAAUGCAAUUAGUUCAGCUAAAUGCAAAUAAACGUGAAUAUGAAAUAUUUACAGCAUUAUUAAACGAAAUUCCAGAAAAUAAUAAAACAACAACAAUAACAACAAACUGUGAAAUUAUUCUACCAUCAAAUUUAGCUCCAACAUUUGUAACAAAUGAUCAAACUCAUCCUGAUAACUUACCAAUUGUCAAUGUUCAGUAUGAAUUUAGAAUAACUGCACAUAUGAAAGGAGCACUGGCCACGAAUGUUAAACUAACACUGCCAAUUGGUAUAGAGUAA